GUUGUUAGAUAUCCCUGUGCAUAGUACCAAUCCUGUACCUGUAUCUUUAGUUACUCCCCUCGACCCUCGAAAGAUUGUUUCAGUAGCCUGUACUUUGGCCAAAUUGGCUACUUUGAACCCCUUUUCCUAUGCCUCUGCGGGCCAAGUCGAGAGCUUUAGGCAGUUUAGCGGGCUUCCCUCCGAUUGGGAGUUGAUUACUCCGGGUCCUGACAGCGACUUCGCCUGUCCCCCCGAGGGUUGCCAUACUUUCUUUAUUGACCAAGUCAUUUUUGGCCUACGCUUCCCUAUCCAAGCCGAGCUUCUGGAGAUAAGCGAUUUGUAUAAAAUCCCAAUAAAUCAGUUUUCUCCAAAUGCUCUUUGUAUCAUGAUAGCUUUUAUCGUCAUUUCUCGUAUAGUUCUUCAUUUUUUCUCGGCCGAAUUUUUUCAUUACUGUUAUAGCUAUCGACUUCAAAAGGGGGCCCAUUUUUUGAUCCGUCGUCCCGGCGUUACCUUUCUUGAUGAUCUUUCUUCAAAUAUCCCAGAGUGGAAGUCGAAAUUUGUCUUCAUUCGACCUCCCGUCGGUGUUUAUCCUUGUACAAAUAAUUGGAUAAGUACCAAAGUCAAACAAAAUAAACGGUAUCGAUCCGAGGACUUCGAAAGAUUCUUAGAGGAUACAUUGUCCCGUCGACAAAUCAAAGCCUAUGCCCGACAAGCGUAUAACUCCGGCAAACAAGUGUACACUACUGAUUUGAGAGACAUCCUCAACAAUCGGAACUGUCCCAUAACCUUCAAUAUGGAGGAUGCUAAUCAUUUCGCACAUCCUCAUUCUGAUGCACUUGUUAUCACCGUCCCUAUAUGCGGAAUUCCAGUUCAUCGCGUCAUGGUAGAUAUGGGGGCCUAUUCGAGCAUUUUGAUGUUAAAAGCUUUUGACAAAAUGGGUCUUGAUCCCGCCGACAUCCAACCUUGCAAUGAUCAGAUACAAGGGUUCAAUGGAAGUAUUUCGAAGCCUAUCGGCGAUAUCACUUUAUCUGUCAGAUUCGGCACUUCGGAGAACGUCACUAAGCUCGUCAUGGAAACUUUCAAGAUUCUGGAUAUCAACAAUGAGUACAAUGCCAUCAUCGGCAGAAUAGCUUUGUAUAAACUUCGAGCUGCGGUUUCGAUCUUUCAUUACGCACUAAAGUUCCCGACUACACGGGGUGAAGGGACACACUUUGGAGACCAGAGAGAAGCUCGAGAACUUAUCACAUUCAUACCACCCAACAGAGUCCAUUCUACCUCGACGAGCAAUAGUGAAAAUUCUCCACUACCAAACGUCUCGGACAACACGGUGUCCGAAGAACCAAACAACAACGUCGGUGCUCUUCCCACCUCGGAUCCUUUGACCGAAGACCGAGGUCGCCGGCCUAGAAAGGAACCUAUCCUUGAAGAAGAUGAGUUGGACCCAAGAGCUCAAUUUAAAGAAAAAAACCGAAGUGAUCGAGCCGAACCUGGAGAAGAAAAAGCACUGGAAGAGGAGGUCAACAAACUCAUCGACAACAAAUUCAUCAAAGAAGCCAGAUACCCGACAUGGGUCUCAAAUCCCAUUCUUGUCAAAAAGAGCAAUGGUCUGUGGAGGCUGUGUAUUGAUUUUUCCGACUUGAACAAAGCGUGUCCCAAGGACAGUUACCCACUCCCACACAUAGAUUACACGGUUGACGCCACGUCUGGACACGAAUUAAUGAGUUUUAUGGAUGCUUACUCCGGUUAUAAUCAAAUUCCUAUGGAUCCCGAGGACUCCGAACACACCUCGUUUUAUUCAGCACGAGGCUUGUACUGUUAUACCAUGAUGUCGUUUGGGUUGAAAAACGCUGGAGCCACUUAUCAACGUCUUGUCAACAAAAUGUUUGCCACGAUGAUUGGUCAUACUAUGGAAGUUUACGUCGACGACAUGCUCGUCAAGUCGGUGCACGCAUCUGACCAUAUAACACACCUUCAAGAUAUGUUUGAUGUUCUCCGAUCGUACUCCAUGGUCUUAAAUCCCAAGAAAUGCACCUUCGGAGUUAAAUCAGGAAAGUUUCUGGGCUAUAUGGUCAGCCAGCGCGGAAUUAAAGCCAACCCGGCCAAGAUAAAAGCCAUUCAAGACCUAACUCCCCCGACUUCGGUUAAGGGUGUUCAGGCCCUAACUGGCCGACUUGCUGCUCUCAACCGGUUCAUCUCCAAAUCCACAGACCGUUGCAAACCUUUCUUCGAAGCAAUCAAAAAAGGAAAGUGCUUUGAAUGGACCGAAGAAUGUCAAAAAGCUCUCAUCAGCAUCAAGGAGACACUUGCCUCUCCACCAACGUUACAAAAACCAAGACCCGAGGAGAUGCUGUUUUUAUACCUCGGAGUCAGCGAUUCUGCGAGCAGCGCUGUGUUGGUACGUGAAGAAGGAACGCUACAAUCGCCUGUUUAUUACAUUAGCAAAGCCCUACAUGACGCCGAACUGCGCUACCCUCCUAUGGAAAAAUUAGAGUUUGCGCUUGUCAUCGCUGCUCGGAAAUUGCGACCUUAUUUUCAAGAACAUACUAUAACCGUCCGCACUUCGUAUCCAUUGCGCCAAGUCCUGCACCGACCUGACACCUCGGGGCGCAUGAUCAAAUGGGCGAUUGAACUUGGACAGUUUGACAUCCACUACCAACCGAGGACCGCGAUCAAGGCACAAGCCUUAUCCGACUUCAUUGCCGAAUUCACUCUGGCUAUAACAAUUCACCACGACGAUGAACCGUGGGUUCUUUAUAUCGACGGUUCCUCGACAGUCAACCGAGCGGGUGCCGGAAUAGUCCUGGCGGACCCGGAAAACCGAUUAUUCU